AUGGCUUCCUUAGAGAGGGAGGAUGGAGAAGAGUUGCCCCAGGACGGCACCUGUGAUGCCUGCGAGCCCGACGAAGCCCAGGGCGCCGUGCAGGUCUGCCAGGACUGCGCCUUCUCCUUUUGCCAACUUCACGCAGAGGAGCACGGCCGGAAGUACAGGACCCACCGGAUGACUGACUUUGUCGGCCCAGUGGGGCAGACCCCGGCAGGCAGCCGAGAAGCGUCAGGGGAAGACCCCAGAGAAGAAGAGGCGCGCAAGCUGGAGCGGAAGAAGUGCAAAGAGCACGGGGAGGACCUUAGCUUGUAUUGCAGAGAGCAUGAGAAGAUCAUCUGUGUGUUGUGUGCCGUGUCUGGCUCUCAUCAGAAGCAUGAUAUCAUCACUCUGAAUGAUGCCUAUGAAGCCAUGAGGAACAGAGAUCGUGUUGACCUUAAGGUGGCCAUGCUAGAGAUGGUGGAAAGAUUGAAGUUCAAGUGUGCAGAUCCCAAAGUGACUCAGGGUGACAUGAAGUUGUGCAUACAGCAAGAAUUUGAAAAGGUACGUCGCCUGGUUUGUGAAGAGGAAGAGAAAGCUCUUCACCUGGUGGAUCUUCAGGAAGCCUUGGCCACUGCUCACACAACAGAGGUUCUGGCAGAAAUUGAUGUCCGCAUGGAAAAGCUGAUGACAGAAAUGGCAGAGCUCACAAGACAGCUGAACACCUUUAAUGAACUAGCCCUGCUCAAGCCUGAGAGCACAGAUGAAGAAUCCAGGGCCGACAGCUUUCCUCUGCCUUCACCAAAUCCUUCCCGAAGGGACAGACGAUACAGUGAUGGGGAUCUGCCACCUGACAAUGGGCCCUGUUGACUCAGCAAGGAAAGUUUAGCUACC